AUGCCAGGCAUCGAAAAUAUCGGCGUUUUUUCCACAGUCGGCACAUUACUGGAUCAAUCACUUCAGAAUUAUCAGCGAGCUUACGACUAUCUCAAAGUAGCCGGAAAUCUUUGGGGAACACUUGACGGGACGAUGGUAAUGACGCGCGAAACGGCCCGCAAUCCCCAAAGCGACUCAAACGAUGCUUUGCCGGAAAACCUCUAUUGGGACUUGAAUAAGAAGUUCGACGCCUGCGACAAAAAGUCUCGUGCACUGCGAGAGGUCAUAGCCAGGAUAAUUCCUCGGGAAAGUAAUCGCUCAUCGACAUGCUAUUCAACCUCUGGAUCCGAAGAUAUGAGCCGAGAGGUGGACAUGUUCCAGGACGUCGAGGAUUUGGCCAACAACGAUAUAAUUCAUUCCACAAGGCCAGAAAAGAAGACUGAACGAGAAAAGAAUCUUCCCAAGUUUUUUGAUAAUGGCAGAGAGGUCGAACUCCGCUGUGAGAACCAGGCCUAUGGACUCCAGAACAACAUUUAUGGACAGCAAAAUAUUGGUGGCAUACAGCAAUACAAUUACGUAAACCAACCCGAGCUUGGUUUCAGCUUCCACCAUGGCGUCGGAAUGAACCUUAGCCAAACAACAUGUAUCGAUCCCAAUUAUUUCAAAGGUCGCGACAACGAACUCGCGGAAAUGACAAGAAUUUUGAACCCAAUCCAGAAGCCUCUAAGACAGCAAUGCCUAACAAUUAAUGGCAAGGGAGGCCUGGGGAAAACCCAGUUGGCUAUCGCAUACGCAAAGCUCUACUGUGAGCGUGACUUCCCGGCUUACGACUCGGUUAUUCUGCUCAAUGCAACAUCCAAGUCGAAGCUGAAGGAGAGCUUUAGACGAAUCGCGAAAAGAAUAUUUAAAAAGAUGCCGGAAAGCGAAGAUGCCGUACACCAUACAUUGCGGUGGCUAUCGGACCCGAAGAAUACAGGGUGGCUAUUGAUAUUUGAUGAAUAUGAUGACCCUGAUCAAUUCAGUAUUAGCAACUAUUUUCCCGGCGGCGCCCACGGCUCAAUCUUGAUCACCACUCAAUCCCCGACUUCUGUGCCUGGUAUCUCCUUUUGUUUGCGGUCGCUGGAUGAGGAGGGUAGUCUGGCGGUCCUGGCAGCCCGAUCUGAAAGAGCGAACAGUGUGACAGAUCCAGCUGCGAAAGAGAUUGUAAAGCUGCUUGGGGGACUUCCCUUAGCGCUGGCUACAGCCGGGGCCUACAUCCGGCGAAAUAAAUGCACCCUUGAAUAUUAUCUCAAGGAGUAUAAGGACCAUUGGAUCUUCAACUCCUACAACUACAUGAGACUCCCGGAGUAUAACAAAACGCUACAUACGGUCUGGAACAAAUCAUUCGCAAGAUUAAAAUCGACCUCUCCAGAGGCGGCGAAACUACUCGCGUGGUUGGCCUACUUUGAUAACCCGAAAGUCCAACACGAGCUCAUUUCGCCGGGGAGAGGGAAUGUACCCGACUACUGGCAGCACCAGAUGAAGACAGAAGAUAGGCGUAUUCGGCAUCUGAUGGAGAUAUUGGUAGAGUUUUGCUUCUUGGAUGUCACACAAACAGAGGGAAGUAUGCCGGCUUCACAAUCUUGGACCAUGCACAAUUGUGUUCAUGCUUGGACAUUGGCAGUGUUGAACAGAGAGGUUUAUCCAGAGUUUCACUGGUAUGCCUUUGAUUGUGUUACCUCGUAA